AUGGUCUCUAUAAAUAGGGACGGCACGUAUCAGCAAGGCCCAAUACCAGGACUGGGUGGCCCCCUUGACACAGCAACUGAGUUCUUUAGAGCAUGGGUGACCAAUGCCCAAUUCGGUAUGUCGGACGAGGGACUGCGAGAAGCAUCGGGCCAAUAUGCUACUGAAAUCAUUCCUUCAGUCGCCUCUUUUGCAGAAUCUAUUAGCAAGUUAGCUAGUAGCCUGUUUACCCAUGAUCACGGCCCCUUCCCUCUCUGCCACGGUGACUUUGGACAUAUCAACAUUAUUGUUGAUGAUAAGUAUCACGUCCUCGGCAUGAUUGACUGGGAGGCAGCCUUUGCUGGGCCGUGGGAGAUGUUUGGAGAUUUCCCUUUGAAUAUUUCAAUAGUUCCACCUGCAAUGGAUGCCCCAUGGAACUACGACGAAGGAGGAUAUCCCAAAUGUGCUGACCUGGUACAAAAAUUUGCGGACCAACAAGACUAUACAUAG